UUCUCUUCCUCGUCCGCGAUCGCACCUGAACUCAGAUGCCGGACAGUGGCGAUCACAAAGGCCACCAAAGAGUACUACUGCCUCCUGGUCGCCUGAGAAGCGCACGCAAUUCUAGCAAUCUAAUGCGCACCAGCGUGCGAGAUGCGAGUUGGCCGCUCCGUGGGCGAACAUGACCUCCCGUGGGAUUUCACCAUUGACCAUUGUGUAGGCCACACGGUUCCGCACCCUAGCGCGCGCACAACUUAUGACAGCAAGCGAAAGAGAAACAAGACCAGGAGGCCAGAACACAAUUGGAUUUCCGCCUGCCCCCCCAAGAGGAAAGAGGCAGGAAGAAGGAACACCACAGGGCGAUGGAGGUAGUGAGGCGCCCAAAGCCAUAGACUGGAGCCGGGCAGCAACACGGCAGCGACCGACGUCGUUGACCUCUGGCAGGCCCCCACCGCGGAAGAGCGCGCCCAAAGCACGACGAGACCUGCAACGCAGCGGCGUGCUGCGAGGCGUCGAGGGGUGCGCGGCGCCGGCCGCGGGUGCCGCUUCAAGCACGAAAAAAAAAAACUACUGUGGCGAGUGCGAAUUCGCAUGCUCACCCGGACCCGAUUCCGACAGGGGAGGCGGAGAGAGGGGGAGGGAGGAAGGUGACAUGAGACCGUAUGGGCCGGCGGAAUGAGCAAAGCGAUUAAAUAAUAAUUGUUCGACGCUCCCGAGGCCCCACGAGGGCUCCUGGAGGCCGACAACGGCCAAAAUCCCGCAGCUCCAACUUUUGUUGGAGCGUCGGAUCUCUGGAACGGGAUCUCGAGGAGCAAGAGCGCUACGGCAGCACGGGCGCGCCGCGCUCCGGGGGAGGCCCGCGCUAGAUGGAAGUUGCUGUCGGAGCGGUGUCAUGGG